UUCAGGUUGAGGUUCAUGUUGAAAGAUUGAAUGUACUGAAGGCUAGUAAAAUGAAGGAGUUGGUAUUUAAGAGGCAAAAUGAACUUGAGGAAAUCUACAGAGGAGUUCAUAUGGAUGUAAACAGUGAUGCAGCACGGCAACUUCUUAUCAAUCUCAUAGAAUCUGGUGAUGUUGAUCUGUCCAAUCUGCUUUCAAGCAUGGAUGAUGAGAUUACAAAAGCCAAACAGGAAGCUUUAAGCCGGAAGGAUAUUUUGGACAAGGUAGAGAAAUGGAAACAUGCAUCUGAGGAGGAAAAAUGGCUUGAUGACUAUGAAAAGGUGAAUCUUAUUUGA